AUGUCCGAGGACACCAUCAUCGUCCGCACAGACAGGCCGCAACCUAAUACGGAUAGACAGACAUUUAUCACAGCUCUCAUCGCGGAGCACAGCCUACCCAGAGACAGAUGGACAAGGGGUUUUCUCGAUGAAUGGGCCUUUGGCAGGUAUGCGCAGGCCAUAUUUGCUGAAUUUGCAGCAUCAUUUCUCGUCCCUCGUCUACACCACCCAGGCCGCCAAGACCCGACAGUCCUCCCGGAUGCCUAUAGCAUAGUCACCACCCCGCUGCAGGCACAUCACAUCCUUGGCGACGCCGACAAGACUGCCUGGAAACCUGCAGACCAUGUCCUCCGCUUCUGCUUUGCACUGGUGCACAGCCCCGAGCGCGACGUCUAUAAUCCGCUCGUCGAUGUGGAGCCCCCGAAAUGUGCGAGAACCGGCAGGGUGGGUCUCUACCAUGCGGCCGCCGCCCGUAAGGACCCUAGGGAGGCCAGCCGGGAAUGUCCGCCGCCGUCCGAGCCCGAGCUGCUGGUCGCCGCCAUGCGGAUCUUGGAGGUGUUUGUGAGGGAGUGGAAGGAGUCGUCGCGGGAUUAUGCGGCGUUCUUGAAGCUGUCGCCGAGGGAAAGCCCGUUGUCGCCUGUAUCUUCGGAGUCGAGUGACGGCAUGAGGCUUCGCAACUUUGGCAGCUCGAGGGUAGCGACACUGCAGAGGGCCGAUGCGAACGGUCCGAAGCUGGAGGGGAUGGUUACCAGCCCCCUGGCGCUGUCUGCCACCGCCUACAGGCCGGCAGACUUUUUUUUCCUGGAGAGAAGGUUCCUACAAUCAAAGCACCUUGCUGUUCACCUCGCCUCCUUGGCGACGGUGAUGAUGCUCCGCCGAACACCAGUCGGAAGGUUUUCCGACUGGCUCAAGACGCCGCCGCCGCUCGACGGGGCCCAAGAGUACAAGAGAACAGACCCUCGCUGGCCCGCCGCCCUUGGCCUACCUUCUGCAGUCUCAGAGUCAUUCGCUCUUGGGAAAGGCCCGAACGGCAACAGCCCCAACUCCUCAGUCCUCUCCAUAGCAAGCUCAUGCCACCGCGCAAACCACCUCGAAGUCGGCACAGGCCACAACAGCACAUCCAUAUACCACGGCGUCAUCUUGUCGUGCAUCUCGUUGGCGCUCCUCCACCACCUUGCAGCAUCCCUCCUGACGCCCACCACCCUGGCCUCGGGGUACAGUUCCAGGAGCUCCUCGAUGAAGUGCACGCCCGGCAUGUCGGUGAUGCCCACGAAGCCCCUGGUGACCUCGCUGAGCCGCCUGAGGAGCUCGGGCCGGUCGUGCCGCGCCUCGUACACCUCGACCCACCGCCGCGCGUACUCGUCGCCGAGCAUGUGCAUCUGCGUGCCGCCGUGGCACACGGGACCGCCCAGGAGCUUCUCGAGCGCCAGGGCCAUGGACACCGUCCCCGUGCGGGAGAAUCCGGCCCCGACGACUUGCAGUGUGCAGGCCGGGUCCGUGCUCGGGAUGGAUGCGACGCCUCCCAUGACUUUAAACGGCGGUUUCUUGUUCGAUUUUGACCGACCUAGUACUGCCUUUUGA